CAUACACCAUGAAGACUGCAUCACACGGCAAUGUGAUUGGUCCAUCACUUGGUAGGCCAAACUCUUCCUUCGACAUUUCAAAGAGUUCUCUGAUGAUAGGAUUGUUGAGAUAUGCUAUGGGGAAGAUAAAACUCAUUUGAUCUGCCGAGUAUACAACAAAAUUACCUUUAUCUGCCACUGAUGGCAUGUUGCUGUCGUUACUUUCUCUUGAUGGAUGCGAUUCUCAGCCACUUCCUUUCCAUUUUGAUGAGUUUCUUUGUGCUGAUCAUUGUGCCUUAAGCGAGUGAAGCUUGGAAAGAAGGGUGUAAUAGUUGAGUACUUGAAUGUAAUUAUUGAUCUGAUGCAGAAUGCAAGAAGUUGGGUGAAUUAUAUACCAUAAAGCAAGUGAGACAUUUUCUGUAAUGUGGGUUAGACUGUGAAGGAGUCAUGGGUACAAAUUCAUGUGAUUAGGUUUUAUAGCAAUUGGGACCGAAGACUGAUUAGUGGUGUGUGAUACUUUCUGAGUUUUGAGGACAGAAACAGAGCAUCACAUGAUCAAAUGGGAACAGUUAUCUUCUUCGAGAGUUAUAAAUCUGUAAUUCUUUAAAGAAUUGGGUGAGAUAGAUUUUGCAAAUCUAAGCAUGUGUUAGACAUAGCAUGUUGGUGCCCAAAAUCUUCUUCACCAACUAGUAGACAAGAAAAAGGUUAUUGUGGUCCAAAUGUGCAAUAUAGCUAUUAAUUUUCUCAGCAGAAACUAUAAGGCUCACCCAAUUGAGUCUCCAACUUGAAUGCAUUAUCUGCAAGCUGUAGCCUCUGCCAGGUUCUGAUUCAUAUUCUCAUGUUUCCCAACUAUCAGAUUGAUGGGUCCCCAGCCAAUGGAUAACCACAUAUGCCCAAGUGAAGAUGAAAGAUGAUUCUCCAUCAAAUUUUUACCCACCACAGGAUACAAAACCAUAAAUAUGAAUUCAUUUAAUACUGUGACUACCAAGAAACUGGUUCAUGUCCAGUAAUCACAUGGUCAUGUACUCAUGAAUCCCACCAAAGUGUGACCCACAUGAACAGAAAUGUCUCGCUGGUCUUGAGGUAUAUAACACAUCCAAUUCCAUUGCAUUCUGCAUCAGAUCAACAACUUCAUUCCAGUGGUUAGCAAACAAGUAAAUAACCUCUUUGUUUCCAAAGUUCACUUGCUCAAGACAGAAUGAUUAGCACAAGAAAGCUCAUCAAGAUGGCAAAGAAGUGGCAGAGGGUAGCAUCCCUCCGAAGGAAAAGGAUUUCUUUACCAAGAUCUAGUAGAGAUACAAACCAGAAUGCGAGCAAUGCACCAUCAGUAGCAGAUAAGGGCCAUUUUGUUGUUUACACCGCUGAUAAAAAGCGCUUUUCAUUUCCUAUCACAUAUCUCAACAAUCCCAUUCUUAGAGAACUCUUGAAAAUGUCAGAGGAAGAGUUUGGAUUACCAAGUGAUGGACCAAUCACAUUGCCUUGUGAUGCAAUCUUUAUGGAGUACAUAGUUUCUUUGAUCCAACAGGGUGCUGAUAAAAUUACAGAGAAAGCCCUCUUGAUGUCAACGGCUACUAGUAGAUGCUUGCACUCUUACUCUCUACAUCAUGGACAGAGUAGCCAACAGUUACUAGUCUGUAGUUUAUGAAUAUAAC